UUCUCCUACAAUGAGAUCGUCAACAACAUAAAUACCCCUUUGCAUCUCAAUUGACUCAAUCGUCACAGUCAUUCGUUUCCAACAUCUGAUUUCCUACAACCCCUCACAGCCUCGAUCCUCAACAACAUUCACAAGUCCGACUUCCUGUCGGCCAUUGACACAACAUGCUCGCCACAAAGAACUACGCGGGGCUCUUCUCCACCGACCUCAUCUCUCCCACAAUUGCUGCAUCGCUCCCAGAAUCAUAUACCAUUCGCGCACUGGAGAAGGGCGACUUCGCCCGUGGCUUCCUCGACUGCUUGCGCGUCCUCACAACGGUGGGAGACAUAACGGAGGAGCAAUGGAAUGAGAGGUACGACUGGAUGGACACACAAGGCAAUGGCGGAUACUUCCUCCUCGUCAUCGAAGACCAAGGCAGGAUAGUAGGAACCGGUGCUUUGAUUGUUGAGCGGAAGUUCAUCCACAACCUUGGUCUUGUCGGCCACAUCGAGGACAUCGCCGUUGCGAAGGACCAGCAGGGCAAGAAGCUCGGACUCAAGCUCAUCCAAGCCCUCGAUUUCAUCGCGGCCAAGGUGGGCUGCUACAAGAGCAUUCUUGAUUGCAGCGAGGCGAACGAGGGGUUCUACGUCAAGUGCGGAUUCAAGCGGGCGGGACUCGAGAUGGCACACUACUACGAAGACCCAAAGAGCAAGUACGAUAGAGGUUAAAUGGAGCUGAGGGUUUGGUUGGCGUUUUCGUCCAGCUCUUCCACAAGUGCUGUGGGGAUUCAGGGAUUGUAAAACUGGCGCUUUAGAGGGUGGAUGGAGGGAGGAAAUAUAGAUAAUAUCGAUCGAUGAAAGACUUUACUUUGGCACAAUGUAGAUUAUAUGCAAUUUCUAAACCGGUACAUGACACAAAUCGCUGAGA